UCAAGAGCGCGUCUUGAAAAUUUACGCAGGGGUUUUGUUUUAAAUAAUAAUAAUUUAUUAUUAUUAUUUUAUAGAAUAAUAAUAUAGAUUAUCUUAUGAGUUUCCUAACUAAGAUUGAAUUUACACACAUAAAAGGUUUAAAAGCAUCCCAAACCCCCUGGCAGCUGCCCCUGUCUGGUGCCCGUUUUGAUGUGAUUAGGAUUUGUAUUGUGGUGGUUGCAUUUCUCAAAAGAAGCGACGCCAAUGGAAGGAAUCCAGUGAACCGUCUGCCCAGUGACCAAGUCGACAUGAUCAGGCUGCAGACGACGCCGCCUUCAAAUUCACCCGGUGGCUACCACAACUUCCGAUGCGGCGAGAUUCUGUACAGCAGCCCGGCCAGCUACGAUGUCUGUUGUUCGCUGUGCGGCCAGCGUCUGGCGUUGGACAGCUUCCCAAACCACUUUCGGACGCAACAUCUCAGCGGUAACGAGCCGGAGAGCGAUCCCAUUGCCCAAGAGGACAGAAAAUCACUGGAGAAUGAAGAGGAGUUGGUGAAGGAGGAGCCGAAGCCAGAGGCGGAGGAACAUGUGGAAAAGGAGGAAGCAACGACGGCCAUGGAGAAUACGCUGGUGGAGACGCAAGAGGACCUGCUCGACAUGAACCUCGACUGGACAAGCGGUCAGCUGGAAACCAAAGUGGAACACGAGGAGGACGAGGAUGAUAAGGACGAUGAUGACGAUGAUUCCGAGCAGGCCAGCCAGGUAGACGACACCAAGGACAUGCUGUUCCAGUGCGAUCAUUGCGACCGAGCCUACAACAGCAAGCGCAGCUUGCAGAGCCACCGACGCCUCAAGCACACCGAUGUGGUCGUUGGCGCGUCCAAGGAGAAGGCUUCCACGGAGCGCAAAGCCAAGAAGCGGAAAGGUCCCCCCAAGGUGUACAAGUGCCAUGAGAAGGAGUGCAAUCAGACGUUUCGCACGGAGCGCGACCUGCAUGGCCAUCGCUGGAAGCACACGGGCAUCUUUUGCGACAUCUGUGGCAAACCCUUCACCCAGUCGGGCAACAUGAUGCGCCACCGGCAGCGGCACAGCGGCAUUAAGCCCCACAAAUGCCCCGAAUGCGAUGCGACCUUUUACACGCAGAAGGAGCUAUCCUCGCACAGUAUCUGCCACACGGGCCGCAUGCCCUGCAUCUGUGAGGUGUGCGGUCGGCCCUGCCGAGAUCGGGGCGUGCUCACGGCCCACAUGCGACGGCACACCGGCGAACGGCCGGCCAAGUGCGAGGUUUGCGGCAAGGCCUUUUACAGCUUCCAUGACCUCAACGUCCAUGCUGUCUCGCAUACUAGUCUGCGGCCCUUUGUCUGCGACGUCUGCGGUUCCACGUUCCAGCGCAAAAAGGCCCUGCGCGUCCACAAGCUGCUCCACUCGGAGCAGCGAAAAUAUGCCUGCAAGCUGUGCGGCAAGACCUUUGCCCAAUCCGGCGGACUCAAUGCCCAUAUGCGCAGCCACGAUCCGAGUAGGGUAAAGGGACCGGUGAAGCCCCUGCCGCAGUCGGUUACCAUAGAGGUUAUCGAGGGUCGGACGGCGCCCACCACCACCAUCACAAUGGCCAUUGAUCUGAAUGUAGAGGAGGAGGAGCAACACCAGCAGCAACAGCAACAGCAGCAGCUGUCAGCGAGUGGCGGCGAUGGAGGAGGCUCUUGGCCUUUGACACCCGGCUAGCACAGAAGAGCUCUGGUUAGGAUUAGGCUAGUUAAGCACCAGUGC